UUAACCUCGCUCUCGGCCGCUCGCAUUCACAGGCUGUGGAGACCCGGGCUGUUCUCCCUGAGUCCUAGGCUCCCACCUCAAUUCAUUGCCCCACACCCCCGCCGCCCUGUGCCUCCCUGGUCCGAGCUGGGAACCCUAUCCUGCCCCUCGUAUCAGCCCGGCACUGGCCAGAAUUGCGGGCAUGGCGGUGAAGAUGCUGCAGGACUGGUGCAGGUGAAUGGGGGUCAACGCUCGCAGUGGUCUGCUCAUCCUGGGCAUCCCGGAGGACUGUGAUGAUGCCGAAUUCCAAGAGUCCCUCGAGGCUGCCCUGUGGCCUAUGGGACACUUCACGGUGCUAGGCAAAGUGUUUCGAGAGGCCACCGCGGCCCUGGUCGAGCUCAACCGGGAAGUCAACUAUGCUUUGGUCCCCAGGGAAGUCCCCGGCACGGGAGGCCCGUGGAACGUGGUCUUUGUGCCCUGUUGCUCAGGCGAGAAGUUUCUCGGUCUCGGUCGUGUGUUCCACUUCCCGGAGCAACAGGGGCAGAUGGUGGAGAGCCUGGCCGGCGCCCGGGGCGUGGGGCUGCGCAGGGUGUGCUGGCUCUGAUCCAUCGGUCAGGUGGUCCAGCCCUGGGUGGAGACCGUGAGGUACGAGAGCCUGGGCGUGUUUUCCGGGAGGGACCAGCCAGCCCCAGGGGAGGAGUGCUUUGAGGUCUAGCUAGACCACACCACCUAUAUGCUGCAUGUGUGGCAGGGGUUCUCGGAAAAGGAGAGGAGGAGGAGGCUGCUGGAAGGCUUGCGUGGGACCGCCCUGCAGCUCGUGCACGCUCUCCUGGCGGAGAACCCCGCCAGGACGGCGCAGGACUGUCUGGCGGCCCUGGUCCAGGUGUUUGGAGACAGUGAGUCCCAGGUGACCAUCCUGGUGAAGUGUCUGACCGCUCAGCAGCAGUCAGGCGAGCAUCUGUCGGCUUUCGUGUUGCGGCUGGAAGUCCUGCUGCAGAAGGCCAUGGAGAAGGAGGCCCUGGCCAGAGCAUCUGCCGACCGCGUGCCCCUGAGGCAGAUGCUCACCAGGGCCCACCUUACUGAGCCUCUGGAUGAAGCACUGAGGAACCUGAGAAUGGCCGGGAGGUCUCCAAGUUUCCUGGAGAUGCUGGGGCUCGUUCGGGAGUCUGAGGCAUGGGAGGCCAGUCUAGCCAGGAGCGUGAGAGCCCAGGCACAGGAAGCAGCCGGUGCCUGGGCUGAUGCCCAGGCUAUUGCCAGAGCCCACGCUAAAGUAGAGGCGGUCCCAGGAGGUCCAGGCAGGGGGCCAGAGGGCCUCGUCCAGGCAGGGGGCCAGGAGGCUGAGGAGCUCCUCCCGGAGGGGCUCAAGCUGGUCCUGGAGGAAUGUGAUAACUAGGUUGGGGCUGGGGAGGCAGCCCAGCGUGAGUCCUCCCUGGGCAAAUAGGCUCCGAGGACUCCUGGGCCUCCUCCUCUCAGGCAGCAGCGCCCUGGAGACAGGCAGAGGUGGGGCCAGGGCCAGUCCCUCACCCCACAUGGGGAUCAAGGGUCCCCCACUUCCCCCCAAGGGGCCCUGGCCACCACCACCCUCCCGGCGACACCUUCCCGGUCACCUUCCCAGUGACCCAGAUGACCAUGUUUGAUAUCAAAUGGGUUGGGGGAAGGUGCCCCUCCAGUGCACCCAGUGCCACACCCAGCCCCAGCCCCAAACCCUCCUGCCUCUGAGGGGACCAGCCUGGAGGGACCCCUGAGCGGCCAGCCACGGCCUGGGUGGGGGCACCUGAAGAUGUCCGCCCCCCACCUCUUGUCCUGGUUUCAGAGACAAGCUCCUUGCUGAAUCACAGCCCAGAGUGUUUGUCUGUGACCCUAUGGAUGGACAUUCGGGUCCUUCCCACUGUUUGGCUGUUGCAGACACUGCUGCCCGUGGCAUCCCGCAUGCCUGUCUGAGCCACCACCGUCAGCGAGAAAGGCUCUGGGGUGCACAGCCGGCAGUGGCUCUGCUGGGACUUGGGCUGUGCCCAUCAACGCCACGACCAAGCAUUGCUCAUCUGUGACCUCCGGGAGAGACACCACCUCAUCGCUGUGUGCCUUGCGUUUCCCCGAUCGGUGACGAGGUCUCUCACUGGCCGUUCCCGGUUCCUCUUCUGUGAAUCUCCUUUGCUCCUUUCCUGCUCAUCUUACAGGUGACAGGCGUCAUCAGCCCGUUUCCAGGAGAAAGUUCCUAGCGUCAAGAUCGAAGCCUUUCUCCUUUUGUGAUAUAAGCCAUGGCCAGUCUAUCACGUUGCCCAGAAGCAGGUCGCAUUGGAGUGGGCCUCACAAUUAGACUUUGGCUCGCCCGUAUGGUUGUGAAACGUUUCAGAAUCAAGAUGGAGUCACUUGUUGUUCAAGCAAACAAAAAUCCAAAAACCUGACAAAUAGAGCUGUGGAGGGCCAUGGAGGCAGGGUUCCCAUGCACGAAUGCCUGAUAACAAAAGCCAUCACAGAAGACCGCAAAACCCACAAAUUCGCACAAAGGCUGUUGCAACCUGACACAAAUAAUGCUUCUGCGAGGACACCUGCCCAGCAACUUCCUGUCCAAGCCCCUGACCAAUGCUACCCUUGUUAUUCAUCCUUGUAGCCAAAGAUCAUUAUCUCAAAACAAUUAUGUAAUCCUCUUCACUUUUCCUGAAAAACCUUUGUCUUCCUUUUCCCUGCCUGAAUAUGCACAUAGUUCACUAGGGCGCACGCGUCCCCACUGCAACGCCGAUUUCUGAAUAGAUACCAUUUUCUUAUAGGGAGGCUCCCUCUCUGUGUGGUACUUAGGUUGGCAUGGUCUUGCU